GAAAAUGAACAUAAUAUUCAAUUAUACCGAUAUAAAAAACUGUACGGCAAAGUGCAAACUCUGCGAAAGAGUUAUUAAAACAAGUGGAAACUCUAUCAACUUGACUUCGCACCUCAAAAACAAAAAUUCCGAUGUUUUCGCAAAAUGUGCGCAGAAGAAGUUGGCAACAAAUAUUGAAAAAGUUCCAACAAUAAGCGAAUCUUUCAAGAGUACUGAGGCUUUUAAAGAAGACGGGUAUAAGUCAAAGGAGAUUGCUGACGCAAUUGUAUAUAUGAUAUGCAAGGACAACAUACCAGUGCGAUGCGUCGAAGAAGAAGGUUUCAGAGGAAUGCUAAACAAAUGUGUACCGCAUUUCAAAAUUCCUUGCAGAACCAAGAUUACAACAAUGAUUGAGGAUAAAUACAGGCAGUGUGUGGAAACAGUGAAUGCAAUGUUGAGCGCUGUGCCGGACGUAGCGUUUACCUGCGACGCAGUUACUGUUCCGAAUUCAAGUCGCUCUUUUCUGACAGUCACUGCUCAUUUCGUUUAUAAAGAGUCUCUAAACACUAUACGCCUUAAUUCUACAAGAAUGGAUCAGAUGUUGAGAAACAAGAAGAUUAUGACGAUUUUAUGAGCUCCCACAAUUACUCAACUCAAAGGGACAUGCACGAUGACAAUAAAGAGAACAAGGAGCUCA